CAGGCGGCGGCGCAGGCGGCCACACACCGCCACCAUGGUGCAGCGCCCGGAGAAUGUACGUCAUCUUCCCGGCUGAAGAAGUCGUGGAUCUCACGCUCGGCAUCGUCACCGAACCGCGCCACCACGGGCUGCUCUGCCCGCACCACCGAAACCUUCUCACAGAUCCUGGGACGGAGUCAACCGGACCGGGCCACAAGCAACAACAACUACCGCCACCACCGCAACCACAAGAGCAGCGACCGAAGAACAAGACGCAGCAGACGAAGAAAGAGAAGAGAAAGACGAAACGGCACAAGGAUAGCAUCGCGAUGGCGGGUGGGGGCGAGGCGUCGCUGCGCGAGCUGACGCACCCCGCGCUCAACGAGGCGCUCAAGGCGCACAACGCCGUCACCUUCAAGCUCGUCAGGACCGCUUCUUACUACGUCAUGCCAACCCAUCUAAAGAAACCAGGACGUGCCAAGUGGGAGUGA